AUGUCCGGAAAAUGCACCUCUGUCAACUCUUCCCAGCCACUUGCACAAUUCUCAUUGGCCAUCUUCACCAGACUCCCACCCGAGCUUCAACUUGAAAUUCUUUCUCACUGUCAGCAAAACGACCUCAUCUGCAUGUCCCUUGCAUCACACUCUCUCCGCGCCAUGAUGCUUCCACUAAUCCCAACAAAACCCUCGCUACUCUCCUACGACCAAGUCAACCCCCCAGAAACGAUCAAGUGCGAAUGCGAAAACGCCACGUCUACAAGUACGCCGAGCCUCCGAGAAGAUGCUCAAACUGGACGCCUUGUCGAUCGUAUGCCACCGACCACGCUAUGUGCCGGCGGCAGUGGUGUAGGCACUGCUCGUGUACCACGUGCCCGCUAUAUGCAAGGCUUCGUGGGUCCAUGGGAGACCUGA